AUGACAGACAUAGAUGUCACUUGUUAUAAAAGAGAUCCUUCAUGUCUUGGAGGGUGUCUUGACUGGCGUCAAAUUUGUAAUGGCAUUACUGAUUGUAACGAUGGUUUUGAUGAAAGAUUAUGUGAACUGCUUGAAUUUAAUGAGUGUAAUGAUGAUGAAUAUCGAUGUCGGUCUGGCCAUUGUAUACCAUUGGUAUUUGCAUUUGAUACGAUAUUUGAUUGUGCAGACGGUAGUGAUGAAACUAAAAAGUCUGUGUCUCAGUUCAUGAAUGACCUAUGUUUCCGGCGAACACCGAACAUGUUUUGCGAUGAUUUUAACGAUGCAUCGUUGAAGUAUCCAUGUGGUGAUGGCGAAUCAAUUCGAAGUCUAUUUAAUGUCUGCUCGAAUGGACGUCACAGCCUCACCUUAAGGCAACUUUAUGCUGAUGAUCAAACACUGUGUUUCAAGUAUAUGUUAUGUGCUCAAUUAGAACAUAUAUGGUUUCCGCUGUUAUUGAAUUAUAGUGUCUUUUGUGAUAAUAUUAAUCCUUAUCCAUCUGCACUAUCAUCAGUAUGCCCUGAAGAAACAGUUUUAUUUCCGCCGAAGCCACUCAUGCUUUUUCCUUCAGUUUAUUUGGCUUACCAAACGAAUAAGACUGAACAUUUUUCACCUGAUUUCAUUUGUUAUACAGAAUGCGACCAUAUUUAUCCACCGAGUUCAAUACAACAUGGAUAUUCAUGUCGUUCAGUGACUGAUUUCAACAGUGAAUCAUUUCUGUUAUCAGAGCAAUUACAUUAUCUGGCUACUGAAAUCUUAUAUUUAUUUACCGGAUGUACCGACCACAAGAGAAGAAUCAAUACAUCAUUGAUAUUCUAUUGCCCGAUAACACGUAAAGUUAUUUCAUAUUAUCGUGUCAAGGAUGGAUUCAACGAUUGCCAUCAAGACUUAGAUGAAACCUUUAAUGGGAGUACUUGUAUACAAAAUUCUACACAACGAUUUCGAUGUUGGACUACCUCAGAUGAAUGCAUUCCAUUACGUUUUGUACUAGAUCAACAGCCUCAUUGUUCAGACGAAUCUGACGAAUUUUAUGAUAUACAAUGCGAGGACGGAUUAGAGCUGGCAUGUGACUAUCAACGUGGACUUUAUCGACCACCAUUGCUCCACUACGAGUUUUCGGUAAUAGAUGCAUAA